CAAGGCACAAAACUUUGUUUUUGUUUUUGUGUUUUUUAAAAUUGUUUUUUGUUUUUUUUAUUUUUUAUUUUUUAUUUUUUAUUUUUUAUUUUGGGGUUUCUUCUCUCUCCUCGAAGCCCCAACAGUGAUAAGCGACGCGGAAAUACAUCAGCUGAAAAAGAGAAUUAAACCCUCCUUGGCUGAUACGCAAAAAGCUUUAUUUUUUAUUUUUUUAAUAACGACGACGUUUUUCUCUGGUUCGGCCAUGGCUGAGUCUUCCAAAGAAGAACUUGUUCAGCUCAUCAAGCGUUUCGGGGCGUAUCUCACUGUCAAGAUGUCCAACCUCUUCUCGAUCUCCUUCCAGAGCCUGAAUUCACGGUCUCUUGGGGCUGUUGCGGGGCUUGCGGUUGCUAUAAUCUUCACCUGGAGACUUUUGAGAUCGCCAGGUGAACCUCAAAGAAGGCAACCCAAAAGGCAGGCUCCUACAAGCGGUAGUUCUGCCAUCACUUCACAUUCAAAUGCAGCGUUAGUGCCUCCUGGAGUAUCCUCAUCUUCAGAGGAUACCAGAGCACAAAAUGUCGUUGACCAGUUCUUUCAGCCAGUAAAGCCAACUUUGGGGCAAAUAGUCAGGCAGAAAUUGAGUGAAGGAAGAAAGGUAACAUGUCGGUUGCUUGGAGUAAUCUUGGAGGAAAGCAGUCCAGAGGAACUUCAGAAACAAGCGACAGUAAGGUCCUCAGUGCUGGAAGUACUCUUGGAGAUCACAAAGUUUUGUGACCUGUAUCUCAUGGAAAGAAUUCUGGAUGAUGAAAGCGAAACAAAGGUUCUUCUGGCUUUGGAAGAUGCUGGGGUUUUCACAUCUGGUGGCUUGGUCAAAGACAAGGUUCUCUUUUCCAGCACAGAAAAUGGGCGGAUAUCUUUUGUUCGGCAAUUGGAACCAGAUUGGCAUAUUGACACAAAUCCAGAGAUAGUUUCUCAAUUAGCUAGGUUUAUCAAGUAUCAACUUCAUAUCUCUCCUACCAGAACUGAACGGUCUGCUGCUAAUGUUUUCAGCUCACCAUCCUUGGAACAGUUCUUCGGAUCAGUUUAAUGUUUAAACAAAUGAAAUGUGCAAAUAUAUUUUUUUGAAACUUUAUUUAUGUUGUUCUUUUAUUCCUCAUUUGGGGGUUGCGUUAAUCAUACGUUAUGUACCAGCUACAGCUCAGUGUCGUUGUGCAUACUUGGCUGCUGUUGCUGGUAUUGGAUUGAAAAGUUGCUUGCCUCUGUCCCUGUUUCAAGGGAGAAGAUCUCAUUGUCUCAAAUUUGUGUACUAGAUUAGGUCACAUCCAAACUCGGUGAACUUGAAAUUUUACUUCAACUAUUGCUGUUGUAACUUAUCUUAGUGAAAGGAUAUGCCAUAUUGUAGCCCAUAA